UUUAAUAAAUUAAUUUGGUCUGAUGUUGAAAGAGUCCCAUAGUUUACUUGCAAAGUAGAAUUGCUAAAUGUGAAAUAUGAUUAAGAAUAUGAAGAAGUUAUGGAUUAUUUCAGAGCAAUAGUAAAAUCAGGAGAAAUUAGCGAUCGAGUAUUUGAUUUAACAGGUACCAUAAUUGAAAAGUUACCUUCAAAUUAUAAUGCAUAUUUUAUAAGAAGAAAGUGCUUUAAAUAAUUGAAUAAAGACUUAAAUAAGGAAAUUGAAUUUAUAAAUAUGGUUACACUUACUAAUUAAAAGGUUUAUUAAAUAUGGUAUAAAUUAUUUCAUUUUAUUUAGGGAACAUAGAAGAUAAGUUAUUGAUCAAAUUAAUGAUUCUAAAGGAGAAAUUGAAUUUCUUCAUUCAAUUUUUGAAGAGGAUAAUAAAAAUUAUCAUGGAUGGUCAUAUCGAGUUUGGUUGUGUGAAAAAUUCAACUUAUAUGCUCAAGAAUUAAAGGAUAUUUAGUAUUUUUUAGAUGAAGAUAUUGGUAAUAAUUCUGCUUGGAAUUAUAGAUAUUUUUUAUUAACAAAAAUGUAAUUUGAUUUUAAUACAGAAUUGGAAUAUAUAAAGAAUGCUAUAAGAAUAAAGGAAGAUAAUGAAGCUUCAUGGAAUUAUUUGAGAGGAUGGUUUAGAAUGUUUAAAUUCUAAGAUGAUAAAGAAAAUCCUUUCAAAACAUUUGUUUAAUAUAAUUUAAAGGAUUUCAAUUUAAUUGAAUUUCUCUCUGAUAUGAGAUUUAAUAAUAGGUUUGCUUUGAGUUUAUAAAUUUAAUAUAUGUUAUUAGACGAUAAAUAUCAAAAAGCAAUCGAGAUAUGUGACAAUCUUAUUAAUUAUGAUCCAAUUAGGAUUAAAUAUUGGGAAUAUAUGAAGAACUAAAUAUAAUCAUUGAUUAAGUGA